AUGCAUUCCUCUAACAGCCCCAAUGGAAAACAAUGUUACUACUGCGAUGAGAAGAGUUGCUUCAACAAAUUAAACUGUUUAGGAGAUGAAGACAACUGCGUUAAAGCUACAGCAACUUUUGGGUCUGUGUCUCAGACUGUUAAAGGAUGCGUCUCUAAAUCUAUCUGUGAUUUCACACCACAAGCGACUGCAGAUUUCACGGGCUUCUCAUGUUGUCAGGGGAAUCUGUGUAACGGUGCUAAGAGCAUCACACAGAACCUCCUCUUUCUCUUAUGGCCGCUCUUCUUCUACAUCCUGAUCCACUGAAUUCAGCAGAACAUAACUCUAUACAGCAGUAAUGUUAGAUAUUGUGGUGGGAUUAGUAAAAAAAGAUUAUGAUUUAUGCAUUUUAUGCAGUAUGUGACAUAUUUUGGAUUUAAAAACAAUGUUUUAUUUAAUAUAGCUUAAUUUUCAUUGUAUUUUUGGUGUUAUAUUGUUAGAAAAAAUAUACUGCAAAUAGAGAAAAACAUGAAAUAAAAUGUAACCAGACC